AGCUCCCUUUGUCCUAUGUCCCCUUGUUUGCACAGUACCCAGAGCAGUAGUAAACGACAAGGAGGAUGAUCAUGUGUGGUUAAGUAUGGCGUCGAUUGGGGCAACGUCUUAAUGAUAAAGAGUGCAAAGAGGCAAAAAGAAGAGCCGAAAAACGUGAACGGUUGAAAAAAAUCGUUGGAUGCUGCAGUGUGGUUUGAUGUUUAUUUUAAAAAACACAAAAUACCCCCAACUUUUUAUGAGGUGCUAUAUCAUCAUCGUUGCCUUUCUCACCGUGGAUUAGGAUACAGGCAACGAACAAAUACUUUCCACCUUUCCCUCUCCUGGGCUUGUCGCUUGAGGUGCUAUAUAACCCCAGUUUAUUUGCCCCCCAUUUUUUCAUGGCUAUAAUAUAUAUGUAUCUAUUGUCGAGCUGAUUCACUGUUACAGUCUCUCCCGAAACAAACUACAACAGCUUCAGUAAACAAGCCCACUGCUGGUAGUUUAGCCACACACACAUCUGCUGCUUUCGAAGCCUGUUCUGUCCCGUUUGAAAAGAAUCCCCCGCCCACUUCGAACGCAGGGCACCGCCCACUCUUUUAAGUCGUGGACACGUCCCCACCCUCUUCGAGCACUUAGGACACACCCCCUACGCCCCCAGCACGCCCCCUUCUUCAUUUACAUCGCUAGGAAGCCUCGUCCCUUCCUUUCAACACAUUGUAAGCAAGUCCCACCCCCAACUGAACACCAGGGCACCUCCCCCGCCCUUUCUUCACACCGCGGACAAGCCCCGCCCCUCGCCAUGAGGAGAAGUGGGCGGAGUCAAGCAUGGAGACUGCAGGAAGAUGUCACUCACUGAUCCUAGGCCUGGUUCUGCUGUUGGUGUCUCUGGCCUGUGGUGCUAGCCUGCUGG